UUAUAUAUAAUACAUUUUUUGUAAUAAUUGUAUUAAUUAUAUAUUAUUAUUAUUAUGAGGAUUUUAUUUAACAUUAGGUAGAUAGACAUUCAAAAAAGUAAACUAAAUAAUUAAAUUAACAAUAGUGGUGAUCGUUAUCAUAUGAACAAUUAAGCUUCCAAAAAAUCAGCAACACAUAGCUUCCAUUAUACUAUCCAGUAAAAUAAAAUCAUGUUAUUUGUAUUCGAUAAAAAUAAAAAAAAAAAAAAAAGAAAGACAAGAAAAAAUGUAUCGUGUUAACAAAUAACUAAAAUAUAAAACUAUUUACGCAAUUAUUAUUGAAUACCGAUAAUAAAAGAAAAAUAUAAAAAAUGAUAAAUACGUGCCUAAAAAAAUAGUCUACGCGUAAAAAGAAUAUUGUGCAGAAUUGAUGUUAAAUAUCAAUAAAAGUAAAAUGAAUGUAAAAAAUAGCAUGUAUAAAUAUACACACUUAAAUAAAGUUUACGUAAUAUAAUUGAAAUAACAAUCGAGUAUUGAGCUUUAAAAUCGAAUAAAAAAAAUUUACAAUACAAUAACAAUUACAUUUACAAUAUUGUAUCGAGUAUACCCAAGAGGAUUGUAUAAACCAAUAAAAAAUGGUUACCUAUUACGCGGUGGUUUAUUUACAAUGUUUUUAUUUAAACUUUUAUUUUAUUCCUAAAUCACGAUUACGAGUUACAUUUAUCAAUAAGUUGUACCGACUCGUGGGAGUUGUCUCUUUCCACUUUCUCCAUACCGACAUUCUCUGAGUUUUACCAUGCACUGCUCCAUAUAUCUAUAUACCUGUGUAUAUAUAAAGAUACAUACAAAAUAUAGGUGUACUAAGUUGAGAAAAGUUCUUGCUCGUCUUUCGUGUGCAAGAUUUACUUACCUACAUACACAUGGACAUUAAAAUGUCGCCUCUACUCUCCCACUCUUCUCGGGUGUUUGUUUAUCCUUGUCAGAAGGUUGGCCCAUGUUUGAAUCAUUAACCAGUGUUAUGUGUGAUACCUUAUCAGUUCGCGACGUAAGUAACGAGACGCCACUUCGUGUUUGUAUCUUUAAUGUACUUGAUUCGUAUUCAAUUUUGAGAGCAUGAAAUUUUUUUUUAUUUUUAUUUAUCUGCUUUACUUUAUACUAGCAGAAGGAGUGUGUGAAGAAAAACUCUGGUGCUACAAAUGCAAUGCAGAUCUAUCGAUGGGACACAGAGGAGACUGCAAUGACCCAUACACGCCGGCACCAUCAAUCGAUCUCGUCGCUUGUCCAGACAAUGAGUCGUACCACUGUCUUAAAGCUUUUGUUUUCUAUAAAAAUAUUCAUACAACAAUUCGAGGUUGCGUGCCAUCACGAUCUAAAAGCACUUACUGUAAUUUCGAAGCAACAUAUCCUGAAGCACUUGUCACUUGUUCAUUUUGCUCUGAAAAUGGUUGCAAUCGAUCACGGCGUCUUGAAGCACCCUUGUCAACAUUACUGACAAUAAUUUCACUUUGGACACUCAUUGUUGCGUUCACUUUGCAUAACCAGUGACAUUAUCUAAAUUAAAUUUUUUUUAGAACUGAAAGCCAAGUAGCAAGAGAGGCAGAGUGAACUAAUGAACAAAAAAUAAUAAUAAAUUAAGAAGUCAUCGUUCAA